AUGAUUAAUUUAAAAACUAGAACAAUAUCACUGACUUUUUUAAAAUUUUAUUUAACCAAAUUAAAUCAUUUUUCAACUAGUUCUAUACAGUUGGAACGAGCAAGGAAAAAUUUUAUAAAAACAAACAAUAAUACUUUCAAAAACAACAAUAUUAUUAGAACAAGAAUUAGCAGUAAUAUUGGCAAGAAGGAUGGUAUUAAUAUUAGUACUGAAAAGAGAAAGAAUGAUGUUGAUAAUGAAAAAAACGAAAAUGAAGAAUCAAAUCGCAAAUUAUUCAAUCAAAUAGUUCCACCACUUACUACAAUUCGUGAAAUAGAAGCCAUGGGUUUAGGCAAACCUCAUAAAAUUAAAACUAGUAGAUAUGCAACCAAAGUAGCAAUAAAAGAAAAGAUAAAAUUAAAAGAGAGGAUCAAAGAAGUUUAUCAUGAGCCGGAAGAAGAAUUAGAACUUCCUCAUCUAUCAUUUUUUGCAGGGGCGAAAUGUGCGACAUCAUUCCCAGACGAAGAUUUGCCUGAAUUAGCAUUUGUUGGAAGAUCAAAUGUUGGUAAAUCUUCUUUGAUUAAUGCAUUGGCUGAUACAACCAUAGUUAGGACCUCGGAUAAACCUGGUUUAACACAACAAAUCAAUUUUUUUGCAGCUGGCCGGAUCGAAACUUAUAUAUCUACAAGGAAAACUUUAAAGAGGUUAUAUGUUCUUUUGGAUGCUAGACAUGGAAUUAAAAUAGCAGAUAUUGAAUUUUUAAAAAUGCUUGAUGAGAAAAAUGUUACAUUCCAAAUAAUUCUUACAAAAUGCGACCUAGUAAUUCCACCUGAUUUAGCGCGUCGACAUUUUUUAGUACAAGAAACUUUAAGAAAUAAUUAUACAAAUUCAAUCGAUCCGCCUUUAAUGGUGUCAUCAGUUAGGAAAAAAAGUGGCAUCAUAAAAUUAAGAAAAGAAUUGUUACUUGUAAUUGGCGCAUUGGAUAAAGCGAGGGAAGUUAUGAGACGAAAAAAUACAUCAUUGAAAUUAAAUAAGGCAAAAGAUAAAAAUAAUAAUAAUAAUUAUAAUAAUAGUUUUGUUAAAAGUAAUAAUGCAAAAAAAUUUAAUCGUAGAACAAAGAAGACAAGAUAG